CUGGGCUAGCAGGGGCUGCAGGUCAGGGCAGAGAUGCGCUGGCAGACCUGGGAGGCCAAGGGAAGGCCACCGUCCGGCUCAGGCCAGGCCUGCGUCCAGCCGUUCUGCCUUGUCCUCGACCUGCCGAGGGGGCCUGGUGGGGGCACGGCAGGGGCAGCGUGUGCAGGGAGAGGCCUGGAGGGGCAGGGAUGGGCUGUGGGCAGGACUCCGGCCAAACCCAGGAGCUGCAAGCGGGGCACAGUACGAUCCGCCCCCGCCCCCGUCCGCAGGCCUCCUCCCUCUUCCUGCCUUUCGUUACUUUCAGUUACAGUUUGGAGCCUCUGAUGUCAGCCUGCCUGAGCCUCUCCCCGCACCAAUCGCCACCUGGCUCCCCAACAAACCCUGCGAAGCCGGAAACCCAACUGCAAACCCAAACUGGGCAGCGGGCAGGGGGGCGGAGAAGCCCUGGCCCCGACCCGCCAGCUCCCACCCCCUCCGGGGCAGGAUGGAUUAAACAGACGCGUCCCCUUGGCAGCGACGUACGAGGCUCGGCACAAGCCCCGUAGGCGGCCGGCUCCAAGAUGUCUCUGUGGAGCCUCGUCUCGCACAUGCCUCCGGAGCACUUCAGCAGCCUCUUCGGGGAGUUCCCAUGCGACCUGCGCAACCUGCUGGCCGACUGGCUGGAAAACCAGCCGUGGGAGUUCAUCACCGGCGCCGACUCCUUCUGCACCAGCGCGGCCGGCGCACUGCUCUCCGCCAUGGUGGAAAAGCUUCGCAGCCUUGCCGGUGGCAACGGGCAGCAAUGUCAGGUCCUCCAGCACAUUAGUAACCUGGAGAACACGUAUCGGAGAGACCCGCUGAGGCUGGUGGCAAUCGUGAAAGGAAUUCUGGAGGGCGAGAGAGCUGCCUUGCUCAAACGGGAUCGCCAGCUGCCGCUCAGCUUCCACCGCAGGCAGGAGGAGCUGAAGUUCGGGCUGGACCUGCAGAGGCUCCAGCACCGAGUUGGGGAGAUCCAGGUGCUCCAGGAACGGUGGAAGCAGAUGGGAGAGGGGACCAGAGCCUGCCGGCAGACAAAGCUGCAGGAGUCCCAGCUGAAGACAGACGGGAAACUCCAGGGGAACGAUCUGCCCGCUCUCAUCCUGGAGGCCGUGAAGGAGCUGGAAGGUGCCAAGCUGCAGGUGCUGAAGAGGCUACACAUCUGGAAACGGCAGCAGCAGCUGGCGGGGAACGGGGCUGUCUUCGAGGAGAACCUGGCUCCGCUCCAGAAGAGGUGCGAGAAUCUGGUGGACAUUUAUUUCCAGCUGCAGCAGCAGGUGGUGGCGGUCGGUGGGGAGCUGGGCUCCGACCUGCUCUCCCGGCUUCUGGAGCGGCUCAACUCGGUGCUGAGUGCCCUGGUUGAAAGCUCCUUCCUGGUGGAGAAGCAGCCCCCGCAGGUGCUGAAGACCCAGACCAAGUUCCAGGCCAGUGUACGUUUCCUGCUGGGCGCCCGGCUGCUCCAGGCCUCGGCGAAGCCCUACGUGGUCAAAGCCGACAUGGUGACGGAGAAGCAGGCCCGGGAGCUGGCGCUUGGCGGCUAUGGCACCCCGCUCAGCGAAAGCACUGGGGAGAUCGUGCACAAUACGGUCGCCCUGGAGAUCAACUCCACCAGUGCCACGUCCUGCGCCACCUUCAAGAACAUGCUGCUGAAGAAGAUCAAGCGCUGCGAACGCAAGGGCUCCGAGUCGGUAACAGAGGAGAAAUGCGCCGUGCUCUUCAGCACCGAUGUCACCUUGGGUCCCGGCAACCUGCCCUUCCACCUGCAGGCCCUGUCUCUGCCGAUCGUGGUCAUUGUGCACGGGAACCAAGACAACAACGCCAAGGCUACCGUGCUGUGGGACAACGCCUUCUCCGAGCUUGAGCGGGUCCCAUUCGUGGUGGCCGAGCGGGUGCCAUGGGAGAAGAUGUGCGAGACACUCAACCUGCGGUUCAUGGCGGAGGUGCAGACCAGCAAGGGGCUGCUGCCGGAGCAUUACUUCUUCCUGGCCCAGAAAAUCUUCAACAACAGCAGCGCCAGCCCCGAGGACUUCCACAACCGCAGCGUCUCCUGGGCCCAGUUCAACAAGGAGAUCCUGCCUGGCCGGGGAUUCACCUUCUGGCAGUGGUUUGACGGGGUCCUCGACCUCACCAAGAGGUGCCUCAAAAGCUACUGGUCGGACAGGCUCAUCAUUGGCUUCAUCAGCAAACAGUACGUCAGCAAGCUACUGGGCCAGAAGCCCGACGGGACCUUUCUGCUGCGCUUCAGCGACUCGGAGAUCGGCGGCAUCACCAUCGCCCACGUCAUCCGCGGCAAGGACGGCUCCAUCCAGGUGGAGAACAUCCAGCCCUUCUCCGCCAAGGACCUGCACAUCCGCUCCCUGGGCGACCGCAUCCGAGACCUGGCCCAGCUCCGCAACCUCUAUCCCGACAAACCCAAGGACCAGGCCUUCGGCAGCCACUACAACAAGGAGCAGAUGGGGAAGGACGGCAGAGGCUACGUCUCCACUGCCAUCAAGAUGACGGUGGAAAGUGAAAGGGAUCAGAAGCUGCCCCCCCAGGAGUCUCCCCAAGUCGGCCCACCCCCCGGCCCGGCGAACAUGUACAACUUGCCAGGGCCACCCCCCGAGCAGCCCAUGGACCACCUGUGCCAGGUGCUGGCGCCCGACAUGUGCUCUUCCCCGUUCCCUGCCCAGAUGGUCCUGUCCCAGUUCUGCGCCCCGGACGAGGGCAACAUGAGCAUUCCCAGUGCCUCCCCUUUCCACAGCAGCCCCCCCACGCUCCUUCCGGCGCCCGUGAGCACCACGACCACCCCGCUACCCCUCUGCCCCAACGUCGUCUUCGGCUGCCAGUCCCUGUCGCCGAAUUUGCUGUCCUACAGGUACUUGCCAGGGGACCCCAUGCCCCUCGUCCUGGAGGAUCUGCCUCCCAACCCCAUGGACGAGGAGAUGCCGGAAAUAGCCCCCUUCUCGCCCGCCAGCCACACCUCUCCCUUCGGGACCCUCCUGCCAGCCCCUCCCCAGCUGCUGGCAGCGAGCCUGGGCAACAACGUGGACUUACCCUCGGAGGACGAGAUCACCCAGCUCUUGUAUGAGGCACAGAUGGAGGAGGGGCUUCAGCCCCCCACCCAGCUCUGCAGCUACGGCGACCCCAUGGCCAACCCCAGCUGGUGACCUCGCGGCGGGGGGCCCCCCGCUGGACACUUUGGAGAGCGGCGCCCAUCCAGGAGAGACGUGGCGAGGGGCUGGGGGGUCUCGGCUGGGACCCUCCCCCAGCCGGACUUGAGCCUGGGCCUGAGCCGCGCUUGGGGGCUUGGCUAGGUGUGCGGGGGGAGGGGGGGAAGCAGUGUGGCACAUGGGGGGGGGCGGUCAGUGUUCCCCCCCCAUUGCCUUGUGUUAGCCAAGUACAAACGCCGCACCAUGGAACAUGCUGACCCCCCCCCCCCCCGACCCCAUCCUGGGGUUGGCAACCACGGCAGCAGGGGUAGCCCCCCUUUGCCCCCCCCCAGCUGGGCUGCUGCGGGGGGGGGGGGGGGAGG